AUGCGGCAGAGGCAGCAGCUACACAGGCCGUUGCAGCAGGAGCUGCAGAGGCCGUUGAAGGAUGAGAACCGGGUCAACUUGGUCGGUUCACUGGCUGAGUCUCGAACGGAUUCGGACGAAUCUACAUUGUCGAGGCCUGACUUGGCCUGCUCCUCCGCGCCGUACCCACCGGAGAUUUCUAGUUUGACCAAUUUGGAUCGACUCAUGAAAUCGGUCACUCAUCUUGUACCGGCUCAGUGCUUCUCUGAGGCAAAAAUGAUAGGUUGGAGAACUCAUGAAGUAAAUUUACGGCCAUACUUUUGUCUUGGCGACCUAUGGGAAUGUUUUAGUGAGUGGAGUGUAUAUGGAGUUGGAGUGCCACUAUUGUUGAAUGGGAGUGAUUCGGUUAAGCAAUACUACGUUCCUUCCUUGUCAGGCAUACAAUUGUAUGUAGAUCCGAAUAGGCUUAGGAGAGCUAGCGAGGAUAGUGAUGUUGAGUCUUCAAUAGUAGCUAGUAAUGCUGGAAGUAGCGAUUGUGAAACAGACAGGAGAGUGAAAGGUGAUGUUGAUGGAGCAUGGGGGAAGCAUAACUCCCGGGGGAUCAGUAAACCUCCUACGAGUUCACUAAUGAUGAAAUGGAGGUUGGCAACUCGCCCGGGCUUUUGGAUUUUGAAUACUUUGAACAAGAACAGCCACAUCAUCGGAAACCUUUAUAUGACAAGAUUUCGAGUCUUGCAUCUCAAUUUCCAGAUAUCAGGAUGUACAGGAGCUGUGAUUUAUUGCCAACAAGUUGGAUCUCAGUGGCUUGGUACCCAAUAUACAGAAUACCUAUGGGUCCAACCCUACAAAACCUGGAUGCAUCAUUCUUGACCUUCCAUGCUUUGUCAACAUGUUCUCGAAAAGUGACAGGUAAAAAUCAGCUACAAUUUCCUGCUUCUAGUAGUAGGAAAAUAUGUGGUGUUGAUGCAUCUUCAAAGUUCUCUCUACCCGUUUUCGGUCUUGCAUCCUAUAAGUUGAGAGGCUCGAUUUUGACUCCCAAUUG